CACAAUCUCCUCCUCCGAGAGCUGUUUCUUCAUCCUCCGCAUUACCUGCUCUGCAUCGUGAACUACACAUAAAAUUCACUUGUGACCGGAGUCUUUUUUAUACUAUAUCGCAUCCAUCCAUCCACACAUUCACAAUGGACUCCACAUCACACGCACAGCCUCUGGCUGACCGCCCGACUAACACGCACCUCGCGAAUGCCAACUCGGGUGACAAGUCUGAUCUGAAGGGUGAUAUUUCGUCGAUGGAUUACCACCGCCAGGCCUUGCAGGGGAAGUUGGAGAGUGGUGAGAAGCAACCCUCUGCUUAUGUCUCCCCAUCCGAUGACAUUAUGAGCCCAUGCACGAAGAAGUUGAGUGAUAUCAAGGGCAAGCGCUUCAAGAAUGCCGGAAAGCCCCAGUCGCUGUUCGCGAAGCUCGGCAAGAAGAGCUAUGAGCAAUCUUCGUCGGCCGGACAACAGGCGAUCGAAUAAGCGGCGCGAGAGGUUGGAAUUCUGAAAUUCUUUGCCUCGUCGGUGUAUGUCUAGGACUUGGGGCAUUCGUACUCGGUCGCUGGAUUCCUAGAGGACUCGGAUAGUUGGGACGCUGGUCGUCUUAGCUUGACUGGGGACUUGUGUGUCUAUGGGGAAUACAGGAGAUUAUUCCUGUUUCCUGGUAGACCUGGAUUCGAUCAAGUGUGUUCUCCAUUCCUGGAUUGUCGCUGCUUCGCCCAUUUGUCCCUUCCUUUCUCGUCUACUGUUUCCUUUGUAAUGACCCGCAAUGCCUUCUUGUGUCCCUUUUUCUUUCUUCUCUUGUGUUACUGGUUCAGUGUUUUCCGGGGGUUUUGGACUCUUCUUUUUUUAUUUCCUGCUUUGGCUUCUUUGGGGUAAUUGUGCUUAGAUAUGGGUACAAUGGGAAACGUGGAUAGGAACAAUUGAAAAUUGGGG